UAAACUUUGUAUUAUUUACAAGAAAUACAUUUUUUUUCUUGGUGUACAAUAUAUAAAGGCAAGCAAACUCAGCUUAGGGUACACUUCUGGUCUGUUCAUUGUUUUCAGUUACUGGUCCAAAAGCCAAAAUGAACAAAUUCAUCGUGUUGUUUGCAUUUGUAGUUGCCAUUGGAACUACCCAUGCUGCAUCCGUUAGCAGCAGCAGCUCUUCCUCAGAAGAAGACAUUGCCGAAAUUGCACAGUUGUUGAACAAAAGAUUCAACAGCACCAUCAUCCUCGAUGUUAUAAAAAUGGCCGAAAAAGCUAAGGACAAGUGUCCAAAUAUUGAAGACAAAAUUGACGAGGUAGUUGAAAAAGUCGACAAAUGUAUGGACGACAUUGAAUUAGGAUCAGAAACUUUCUGCUCACUUGUUAAGAAAAACCUCGCAAAAUGCUCCAAACCACUCAUCGACCUCAUCACUAGCUGCUUACCAGAGGAAUCCAAAGACCUUCCAGUAUUGGGACAAAAAAUUAUUACUGCCAUUGUAGAUGAAGCUUGCCACACCACUGUUGAAGAACUAUUAGAAUUAUUCAACCCAUGUUUCAUGGAAAAGGAAUUCGUCUCCGUCCCAGCUUGUAGUGAAAUCAAAGAUGUUUUCGUCGCAAAUAGAAACAAGCUCCCAUCGAAGUCACUCGUUUGUUCCAUGUUACCAAAAGUGAAGAGCUGUGUUAAAGGACACGUAGAUGCUUCUUGUCAGAACCCAACCACUAAGAGAGCAACAUUGAAAUUCCACGAGGCCAUCGAUAACGCUAUUAAAUCAGACUGUGAUGCUUUAAACAAAGUUUAAAUUGGAACGAUUAAGAUAAAAAUGGCAAAUAAAUAAUUUUUUACAGAUGUACUAAAAUUUUGACAAACUGUAUACGAAACAUAUUAUUUGAUAAUAAAAAAAGUAUGAAAAAAGUUUUUGUUUUAUCUUUCUCUCUUAAUCUAUUGACUUUAUUUUUUAUAUCUCUUCUGAAUUGUUAUAUGUGCAGUUGAAAGUUUUAUUUUAAUAAAAUUAAUAAUAAUAUUAAAAAUAAAA